AUGAUUGCGUAUCUAGAGGGUCAUCGUAAAAUUAGUGGGUUGAGCCCGAAUGCGAAGCAGGUUGUGCGUGACAUGAUGAAGUCUAAUGUUGCACCGCGUAACAUCAUGGCGACUAUUGCGGAGCAAUUUCCUGCUGAUCAUCCAAACAUCAGACACAUCUACAACUGCCGGAAUGACUUCAGAGAGGAGAUGUCUGAUAGGAGAGGAGUUGUUCAGCAAUUUCUACAUUUGGCGAGACAGAGUCAGUAUGUUUACUGGGUCAUGUCCGAUGAUGAAGGCGUUUUACAGCACGCCUUUAUGGCGCAUCCAGUCAUGGUAGACAUCCUACGGACGUACCCCUAUGUGAUCGGUAUGGAUUCCACUUACAAGACUAACCGAUACGGGAUGCCGUUCUUUGAGAUAGUUAGUGUGACACCGACAAAUCAGAAUUUUCUUAUCGCUUACGUGUUCAUGCGCAACGAGAGCACAGCAAGCUAUCGAUGGGUUUUGCAGAGGUUGAGAGACGUGAUUGGGUAUGAUAAGGAGCCGUCGGUUUUCUUGACAGACCGUGAGCUUGGGCUAUGUGCUGCAUUGAGGGAAGUGUUUCCAGGAACCUCGCACUUACUUUGUCGAUGGCACAUUAACAAAGAUGUGGAGGCUCGGGUCACUGCUAUGUUCAAAAGCAAGAAAAUCGGUGCGUCUUUCAAAAACGGAAAAUGGAAACGUAUCAUGGACGCUGCAACCGAGGAAGAUUAUGAGGCCGCUAUAGAAAACAUGAAAGAUAAGUGGGCAAGUUCUUUGGAUACCGUAUGGGCUCGAGUUCAUAGCCACAUUGGUAAUCAAAUCAUCGCAAUUCGUAAUGGUUUGGAGGCUUCUAGGUCGAAGAUAGGUCAAAAGUACCGACAGUUGCCACUGUCACGUAUAAACGGGAAGGUGUCCCAACAUUGUUUAAAGGUUCUCGAUGAGGAGACAAGGAGGAUGAGGGAGCUGAGUUAUUAA